GUCACGACCAUAUCCUUAGUGUUUUCUGGGAGGACGCCGUGAAUUAUGGUGUAUAUGGAGGCGUGAGUCGCCGGUCCACCAGUCGGUUCGAUGCAACGCUGGUUUGCCGAGCCGCCUCACUAUCUCUUCUACUCCCUUCUGCUAGUGUUUCAUGCGAUGUUCAGCGAGGAGCUGGUGAUAUCAUUACGCUGUGUCUUUUCUUGGGCCCCUGCUGCGAUUGUACCUGGGGCCGUUGUCGACUGCAAGAUGAUUUCGGGUACUCAAGCAGUGUUGUGCAGGAGAUGUACGAAAAACGUUUACUUCUCUUGUAUCAUUUGUGAUGGAUAGGAUAGCUUUCGCGAUAUCUUAUUAUCUGGGAGGGAUCAGUCAUUUUACUUCUCUCUCACGUUCAUGUUUUUCUUUUGUUUUCGUUCACGAUUUGCACAUGUGGGUGGUUCUCUGUUCGACUCGAUCGAUAUCCGGCUCGUUGUAUUCGGGAAAAGUAGGGUCAAUUCAAGUAUAAUUAUCUGUAUUUCUUUGCUGUGCUUUCUCCAUAACUUGAUACCAUCUCUUUUUCCUCCGUCUUUCUUUCUAGUUAGGGUUACCCAUGUGGAUGUCAUGACCUUACACCUACGCAGACAACAAUGCUAUACAGUGUCAACCUAGGAAUCAGGACAGGAAAAAGCAAGAAGAAGAACGAAGAAGAAAAAAAAAAAUGGGAGAUGUCACCGUAACCAGCCCAUGAACCAAGGUUACCACUACACACAGUACUGAAUUCCCUCCCCCAAGCCACAGUAUCAACCCUACACAUCAAAAAAAAAGAAAUGAAAAGAAAGCCCAAAAGGCUAACCUAAAUCCAAAUAAAAACCAGGCAAGGUCCAGGGGUCUUAUCUCCC